AUGGCAGCCGGAUUCCUCAGCCUGCCCGCGGUGCUGUUCCUCAUUUCUGUAACAUUCGCCGAGCAGACCCUCUCUCUGACCAAAUCAGAGAAGAACGACCUGGUUGACGCGCACAAUAAGUUUCGUUCGUCGGUAUUUGAUGCAUCCAACAUGCUGAGAAUGAAAUGGGACACACACUUGGAAAACAUUGCUAAGAAAUACGCCAAUAAAUGCUUGUGGAAACACAAUACAAACAGGGGGAAAGUGGGAGAAAAUUUGUUUGCAACGAAUGGUCCAUUGGACCCCCCAACAGGAGUUGAGGACUGGUACUUAGAAGUUUUUGAUUACACAUAUGAGAAUAUGAGCUGUUCUCCAGGGAAAAUGUGUGGACAUUAUACACAGGUUGUAUGGGCAAAUACUGACAAGGUGGGCUGCGCCUCUCACUUUUGUGAUAAACUACAAGGUCUGGAUAAUAAAAACCUGUCUAUUCUGGUAUGCAACUAUGCACCUCCGGGUAACAUAGUUGGACGGGUGCCAUAUAGAAAAGGUAUUCCCUGCGAUGCAUGUCCAGCUGGAUUUCAGUGCAUUAAUAAACUUUGUGGUGUCGAAACACCUCAAGCCACCGCCGUCACAGAAUAAUAGAGGGCGUGGAACUCUUCA